GCAGGCCUCGCGGUUGCUCAGUAGAGCGCUUUUUGGUAUCAGGAACAUGGCAGCGUCCUGACUCUUGUUGAGGAGGGGGGAUACGCGGCAGAACUGAAGCACUGGCUGAACUCAGUGAACGGUGGUGGGGCUGAGGAACGGCAACAAUUAACACCCAUUAACGAAUUAACAGGUCUUGGGAAAAGAUGAAUGUCAUCAAAGACAACAAAGACCUGGCCUGUUUCUACACCACCAAACACUCCUGGAGGGGAAAAUACAAACGAGUCUUCUCUGUGGGGACACAUGCCAUCACCACUUACAACCCUACCACGCUAGAAGUAACAAAUCAGUGGCCUUAUGGAGACAUCUGUGGUAUUGGUCCAGUAGGAAAAGGUCAAGGGACAGAAUUCAGCCUCACCUUCCGUAAAGGCAGCGGCAAGAAGUCGGAAACGCUCAAGUUCUCAACAGAGCAUCGGACAGAGCUACUCACAGAAGCACUGAGAUUCAGAACAGAGUUUUCAGAGGGGAAGAUAACUGGUAGGCGUUACAACUGCUAUAAGCACCACUGGAGCGAUACGCGGAAGCCUGUGAGUUUAGAGGUGACACCUGGCGGCAUCGACCAAAUCGACCCCCACACUAACAGAGUGGUGUGCUCCUACGACUAUCGAAAUAUCGAAGGCUUUCUAGAGGUUUCUGAUUACCAGGGAGGAUUCUGCAUCAUUUACGGUGGCUUCAGCAGGCUACAUCUGUUUGCAUCUGAGCAUCGAGAUGAAAUCAUCCGCAGCGCCGUAGAACACGCUGGAAACUUCAUCGGCAUCACGCUACGUUUGAGGAAGGAGCCUCUGAGCUUCGAGGGUUUUGUGACGGACAGGCUGGGGAAAUACAGCUCAGAUGACAGCAUCACCUCUCUGGCCGAGUUCGUGGUGCAGAAGAUCACAAAUCGACACCCGGAGCCAGUGAAGAGAAUCAUUGCCCUCACAGAAACAUGUCUGGUGGAGAGAGAUCCGGCUUCAUACAACAUAGUCACAAUCAAACCCUUUGGAGAGGUGUUUGCACUUAUCUGUGAUGUAGACAACCCCCAGGUGUUUACRGUGGAGUUCAUCAGAGGCCAGAUCAGGAAGUAUUCCUCUACUGAAAGAGACUCCCUGUUAGCCAGCCUCCUCGAUGGAGUCCGUGCAUCAGGCAACAGGGAUGUAUGCGUCAAGAUGGCCCCCACGCAGAGGGGGCAAAGAUGGGGUUUGCUGAGCAUGCCCGUUGAUGAGGAGGUGGAGAGUUGGCACCUCAGAUUUCUGGCUGCACCUCCCAAUGGAAACUUUGCAGAUGCAGUGUUUCGAUUCAAUGCCAACAUAUCCUACAGUGGAGUGUUACAUGCUGUAACCCAAGACGGUCUUUUCUCAGAGAACAAAGAGAAGCUCAUCAACAACGCCAUCCUGUCUCUUUUAUCCCAAGAGUCUGAGCUGCCGGCUUCAAACGCCGAGCUGGAAAGCCAUUUUCAGGCCAUCCGCCGCCUGGUGGCCUCCAAGGCUGGUUUCCAGGCCUUCACUCAGCUGCCCAAGUCUGGUCAUGGGUCUGGACUCACAGAUGCAGCGUUUAGAGAAAAAUUGGGAGUAAAGACUGUAAAAGCUUUAAAAAGGAACAACAACAGUGUGACUCAUGCUGCUAUAGACAUGCUGUGUGCUCUUAUGUGUCCAAUGCAYGACGAUUAUGACUUGAGACAAGAGCAGCUGAACAAGGCAUCUCUUCUGUCUUCCAAGAAGUUUCUGGAAAACCUUCUGGAAAAGUUCAUCACAAAUGUGGAUCAUGGAACGGGAGCUUUGGUCAUCAGCUCCUUGUUAGACUUUUUAACUUUUGCCCUCUGCGCCCCCUACAGCGAAACCACUGAUGGGCAGCAGUUCGACAUGCUGCUUGAAAUGGUUGCCUCUGAUGGACGGACGUUAUUCAAACUAUUCCAGCAUCCCUCCAUGGCGAUAGUGAAGGGAGCAGGCCUGGUAAUGAAAGCCAUUAUUGAGGAAGGAGAUAAAGAAAUAGCCACAAAGAUGCAAGAGCUGGCUUUGAGUGAAGGGGCUUUGCCAAGACAUCUGCACACGUCUCUGUUCACCAUCAGCGCAGACCAGCGCAUGCUUACCAACAGACAACUGAGCCGUCACCUGGUGGGAUUGUGGACAGCUGAGAACCCUGUAGCCAUGAACCUCCUUAAAAGGAUCCUUCCGACAGGUUUGUUAGCUUAUAUGGACAGCCCUGACGCCGUCCCGGAGAAAGACGUGGACAGGAUGCACAUUCGCGACAACUUAAAAAUAGCCACGGAUCAGCUAAAUCGCAACAAGGUGCCUGAGUGGCAGCGGAUUGCAGGUAAAGCAGCCAAAGAGGUGGAGAAGUUUGCCAAAGAGAAAGCUGAUCUGGUGCUGAUGCACUGGAGAGAUAAGAUGGGCAUUGCUCAGAAGGAGCAGGACAGAAACAACUUGAAUCCCAACCAAAAGCCUGUCAUCCUGAGGAAGAGGAGGCAGAGAAUUAAGAUUGAAGCAAACUGGGAGCUUUUUUAUUACAGAUUUCAGCUCGACCACGCUCGCUCAAACCUCAUCUGGAACCUUAAAACCAGGGAGGAGCUGAGGGAUGCUCUGGAGGGCGAGAUGCGUGCUUUUAAUGUGGACCGCGAACUCGGCAACGCCACCGUCAUUUCCUGGAACCACCAGGAAUUUGAGGUGAAAUAUGAGUGCCUUUCUGAUGAAAUAAAGAUUGGGGAUUAUUAUCUGCGUCUGCUGCUGGAGGAAGAUGAAAAUGAUGAAUCGGGUGCCAUCAAGAGAUCAUACGAGUUCUUCAAUGAACUCUACCAUCGUUUUCUGCUCACGCCCAAAGUAACGAUGAAGUGCCUGUGCCUGCAGGCGCUUGCAAUAGUGUACGGCAAGUGCUUCGAAGAGAUCGGGCCCUUCACAGACACAAAAUACAUUGUGGGCAUGCUAGACCGGUGCACAGACAAGCUGGAAAGGGACAGACUCAUCCUCUUCCUCUACAAGCUCAUUCUUCAUAAGAAAAAUGUGAAGGACGUGAUGGACUCGAACGGGGUUCGGAUCUUGGUGGACCUGCUCACCUUGGCCCAUCUGCACACCAGCAGAGCCACUGUGCCUCUUCAGAGCAACGUGCUGGAGGCGUCACCAGACAUGAAGAGGGAGGGGGAGAAGGAGUGGUACUUUGGUAAUGCUGACAAAGAGAGAAGAGGACCUUUCAGUUUUGAGGAGAUGCAGGAGUUUUGGAACAGUGGUGUCCUGACAGCAAAGACUCGCUGCUGGGCUCAGGGAAUGGAUGGUUGGCGCCCCUUGCAGGCCAUUCCUCAACUGAAGUGGUGCCUGCUGGCGACGGGGCAGGCGGUGAUGAACGAGUCCGACCUGGCCACUCUGAUCCUCAACAUGCUCAUCACCAUGUGCUCCUAUUACCCCAGCAGGGACCAGGAUAAUGCUGUCAUUCGACCUUUACCUAAAAUCAAGAGGAUGAUUGGCGACAAUGCCUGCCUCCCACAUAUUGUUCAGCUGCUUUUGACUUUUGACCCUAUUCUGGUGGAAAAGGUUGCCAAUCUUUUGUACCUGGUGAUGCAGGACAACCCCACUUUGCAACGCCUCUAUUUGACGGGGGUCUUCUUUUUCAUUAUGAUGUACACAGGCUCCAAUGUGCUUCCCGUAGCGAGGUUCCUGAAGUAUACUCAUUUGAAACAAGCCUUCAAGUCAGAGGAGUCUAAGGGUCAGGACAUUGUGCAGCGUAGCAUUCUGGGUCCAGUGUUGCCUGAGGCCAUGGUGUGUUAUCUGGAGAACUAUGAGGCUGAGCGCUUCUCAGAGAUAUUCCUUGGGGAAUUUGACACACCUGAGGCCAUUUGGAGCAGUGAGAUGAGGCGUAUGAUGAUCGAGAAGAUAGCGGCUCAUAUAGCUGACUUCAGCCCCAGGCUGCAGAGCAACACACGGGCGCUUUACCAGUACUGUCCCAUCCCUGUGAUCAGCUUCCCUCAGCUGGAUAACGAGCUCUUCUGCAACAUUUACUACCUCAGGCACCUGUGUGACACCACACGCUUCCCCAACUGGCCCAUUCGUGAUGCUGUGAAACUGUUGAAGGAUACUCUUGAAGCCUGGAAGAAGGAGGUGGAGAAGAAGCCACCCUCGAUGUCUGUGGACGACGCUUAUGAAGUGCUGAACCUCCCCAAAGGACAGGGCCAGCACGAGGAAAGUAAAAUCAGGAAAGCUUACUUCAGACUGGCACAGAAGUACCAUCCUGACAAAAACCCAGAAGGAAGGGACAUGUUUGAGAAAGUUAACAAAGCGUACGAGUUCCUUUGCACUAAAUCUGCCAGAAUCGUGGAUGGUCCUGACCCAGAAAACAUAAUUCUCAUCCUUAAAGCCCAGAGCAUUCUUUUUAAUCGACACAAACAAGAACUGGAACCUUACAAAUACGCCGGUUAUCCAAUGCUCAUUAAAACCAUCAAGAUGGAGACUGAGGACGAGCAGCUUUUCUCUAAACUGUCCCCUCUCCUCCCGGCUGCUGCUGAACUGGCCUUCCACACGGUAAACUGUUCGGCUCUGAACGCAGAGGAGCUGCGUCGAGAGAACGGCAUCGAGAUACUGCUGGAGGCGCUCUCUCGAUGUGUCGCUGUAUUAACUGCAUCCAGUAAACCUGAUGACAUGGCUGUACAGGUGUGUGGGCACAUCUGCAGGUGCUACAGCGUAGCAGCUCAGUUUGAGGAAUGCAGGGAAAAGAUCAUCGAACUACCCAGCAUCAUCCGGGACCUCUGUCACAUCCUGUACUACGGAAAGGGUCUUCCAAAGACAGCAACUCUGGCGGUUCAGUGCGUCAGCUCCUUCGCAAUAGAUUUCUUCCUACAGACCCAUCUUUACCACGCCGGUGUGCUCUGGCAUCUGCUGUUUCAUCUGUUCAACUACGACUACACGCUGGAGGAGAGCGGCGUGCAGGCCAGCCAGGACACAAACCAGCAGGAGGUCGCCAACAGCCUGGCUAAACUCAGCCUGGUGGCRCUCAGCCGUCUGGGAGGCUACCCUCAAACACCCAGCAACCCAGAGGGCAACAACCCUGUUUCAGAGACUAACGGCGUAGACGGCACGCCUCCAGAAAACCCCACGAUCCGCAAGAGUUUAGCCGCCAUGCUAACGCCGUACAUCUCAAGGAAGCUGGGAACGGGAGCCCCCGCAGAGGUCUUGAAGCUGCUGAACAGUAACUCAGAGACGCCCUAUCUGAUCUGGAACAACGGGACACGAGCCGAGCUGCUGGAGUUCCUCGAGGCUCAACAGGAGGGAAACAUCAAACGAGGGGAGAACGAUAAGCAUUUUGGUGCAGAUUUUAUCUUCAGUGAUCACAGCAAAGAGCUCAUAGUUGGGGAGAUUUUUGUCAGAGUUUACAACGAGCAACCUUCUUUCCCUCUGGAAUACCCCAAAGCGUUUGCUGCCAGUCUGCUGGACUAUGUGGGCUCCCAGGCUCAGUACCUGCACACUCUGCUGGCCAUGAGUCAGAGCAACAAGGUGGAGUCGCAGCAGCAUGCAGAGAGACUCCGCUUUGCUGAGAUGGCUUUAGAAGCUCUCCGUAACGUCAUCAAGAACAACCCCGGUUCAGAGUCGGAGUGUAUCGGCCAUUUCAAGCUGCUCUUCUCUUUGUUACGGGUUCAUGGAGCUGGCAGAGUGCAGCAGCUGGUUUUAGAGGUCGUGAAUACGGUGACCUCAAACCAAGAGUGUGUGAGCAAUAUCGCAGAUUCCCUGGUGUUGUCCAACCUUUUGUUACUGCUGCAUUCCCUUCCCUCCAGCAGGCAAAUGGUGCUGGAAACUCUUCAUGCUCUGACUUCAAACACAAAGAUAGUCAAAGAAGCAAUGGCCAAAGGUGCUCUGAUCUAUUUGCUGGACUUGUUUUGUAACUGCACACACCCCCAGGUCCGCACUCAGACCGCAGAGCUUUUCUCCAAGAUGACCUCAGACAAGCUGGUCGGGCCAAAGGUGCGUCUGACUCUGAUGCGUUUCCUCCCGGGUGUAUUCAUGGACGCCAUGCGGGACAAUGCCGAGGCGGCAGUGCAGAUAUUUGAAGGAACGCACGAGAACCCUGAGCUCAUCUGGAACGACACCUCRAGGGAGAAAGUGUCCACCACAGUCCGAGAAAUGAUGCUUGAGCACUUUAAACAGCAGAAGGAUAAUCCUGAUGUAAACUGGAAAUUGCCAGAUGACUUCACGGUGGCGUAUGGAGCUGGACAGGGCGAGCUGGAAGUUGGUGGAGUUUUCUUGCGUAUCUUUAUUGCCCAGCCUGGUUGGGUGCUGCGUAAACCUCGAGAGUUUCUGGUGUCUCUCCUGGAGACGCUGAGUGAGCUGCUGGAGAAAAACAACCCCAAUGGUGAGGCUCUGGAGACUGUUACCACAGCAGCAGUCUGCCUCUUCAGCACCCAAAGCCAUCUGGCGGACCAGGUUCCUCCUCUGGGUCACCUGCCUCGCAUCCUGGCAGCACUCAACCACAAGAACAACGCUGUGCCUAAGAGCUCCAUCCGCCUCAUCCACGUGCUGUCAGACAACGAGCUGUGUGUGCGAGCCAUGGCCUCGUUGGAAACGAUCGGCCCCCUGGUGGCCGGGAUGAAGAUUCGAGCCGACAUGGCCGGACUGGCUUGUGAAGCUCUCAACCGCAUGUUCCAGAAGGAACAGACAGAGCUGGUGGCUCAGGCUUUGAAAGUUGAGUUGGUUCCAUACCUCCUGAGGUUGCUGGAAGGAAUCGGCCUGGAGACGAUAGAAAACCCUUCAGCUACGAAGGCCCAGAUAGUAAAGGCUAUCAAGUCCAUGACUCGCAGUCUGCAGUAUGGAGAGCAGGUGAAUGAAAUUCUUGCCAAGUCCUCGAUCUGGAGUGCCUUCAAAGACCAGAAACAUGAUCUCUUCAUCUCAGAGUCUCAAACUGCAGGCUACCUGACAGGUCCAGGAGUUGCAGGUUACCUCACAGCAGGAACUGGCACCACAGUAUUGUCCAGCGUCCCACCCCCCGUGGACAACGACAUUGGAGACCAAGGCUGAAGGACCACCGGUCAUGCUACGGCACCCAGACUGCCCCCCGCAGUUUCACCGCCACAGCUCAGAGAGGGUCUGUUCAGCUCCCCAGAAGAGAGUGGGGGGGGGGUUGAAGAGAGAAGACCAGGGAGACCAGACCAUCAGUCUGUCACCAAGUUGUCUGCGACACUUCUACGGCGUCACUCUCCUUUCCUCUGUUUUCAAACAGCAAUGAAGUCUUCAAAAAUGCUUUGUUUUAACAAAUGACCAUAAUUUUUUUUGUUUGUUUCUUUGAAUGACAGAAAAAGUUUACUUUUUGUAUGAAUAUAUUUUUUACUCUAGAUUUUUUUUGUUUGUUUGUUUAUAUGAGAACAAUGUGGAAGGACCAGGACUUGUUGAGGACGUUGUCUCCACUCAGUCUGUUCCUGAUUAUUUUCAUGAUUCAUCUGAAGACUUGACCUGGUCUCAGAAUAUUUGGCAUUUGUGCACUUGACCUGUUCCCCUUUAUAUAAACAUGUCUUUCCAUGUCCGUGUAAUGAAUUCUAACUCUGGGUGGAAAGUACAAAGGAGAUGAGAAGAUGAAUACACAAUUACUCUGUCCCAUUUCAUCACAAAACAAAGUUGCUUUAAUGCUCAAACUAAGGUGGAUUUUUCUGGUUUUGUCAGAUUUACAGUCUUUUAUUCCUCAAAUCUUCCAUUCUUCUCUCUGUUACCCUCUCUGACAGAUAGUCUCAUUUGCUGCCUAAAAUGUUUUAAGUAGUUCUCUCCCCAGAAUGCAAAAAGCACUAGAGUAUUUAUAAGUGGUGGAAAAAAGAAAUUGGCACAGAAAAUGAGCUUCUUCUGACAUGACGAAUGACUUUGAUUAUAAAUCUAUGUGAAAGACUAGUGCAAUUUGUGAAAUGUUCAAUGUAAUAUUGCGUAUAUAAACUUUCUAUAUUGAAUGUACAUUUAAAAAGAAAAUCAGUCACAGUUGUACAUAAAUUUUAAAAAAUAAAAGGGAAUCCAAAGUUG